AUGGAUUCUUCGAUUGCGAAGUAAUGUAUCUGUCAGUUUGUGUUUACACGCUUUUUGUCGCAAUUUUUUUUACCGGCAAUAUUCCAGCUGAUGGAAGAGUUUCUCUACGAUGACUACUACGGUGAUGAGUACGCGGAGGAAUUCGAGGACAGAGUUCCCGUUGGGUGGGGACUUGAAGGUGCAUGGGAGGGUUGUGUGGUGCCCGUAGGAAUUCAAAUGGGGACAGCUGUGGGAGUCAUUCUGAUUGCAUGUACUCUUCAUCGCAUCCUUAGCUCCGUCUUGGUGAGAUAUGGAACUGCUUGGCGUGAUCUCAUAAGUACUUUGUUUGGUUCCCUUCUUCUUGCCUUCAUAAUAGGACCAAAUGGAACGUGGGUUGCAGUGUUGAUCUUGCUCCAUGUUAUUCUUUUGAUUUGUCUGCAGUAUCGUCUAAUUUCAUGCAGCAUCUAUGUGAUAAUUGCCCUAUUAGCUCCCAUUCUCCUUGAAGUCCUUGAUUCAGACACUGAUCGCUGGCAACAGAUCAGGGGUGUUAAUAUGGGAAUUGCGAUGAAAGGUAUCUCUCUGGCUAUGGAUGGGAUUACUAUACCUUGGUAUACAACCAUUGGGUACCUCAUGCACCCACCAUCCCUGAUCUUUGGCCCUUGGAGACCUCUGGAAGAUUAUACAGUGACACCUCGAAGAGCAUUCUUUACUCUUCAGGAUUCGAUUUUAUGUCUCUGGUCGCUGUUUGUAGCUGGUUUUACUCUCCUUACCUCAAACUGUUUAGUAGCAUCACUUGUAUCUUCCUCUUGGAGAUGGCUGGAAGCUUAUAGGGACGCUCUAGCUUUUCGCCUAGGUCACUACUUUGUCAGCCACGUCGCUCGUGCUUCCUCAAUCGUAGCCAGUUCUGACUCACGACCCAUUGUUCACGCAUUAGCCGUCGAAGUACCACGGUCUCUUGUAGAUGUGGCUGUAUCCUGGAACAUCCCAAUGCACAUCUGGCUCAAGCGAUAUGUCUUUGAAAUCUAUCGGAAUCGUGGGGCUACUGUUGCUCUCCUAAUUACCUACCUCGUAUCAGCUUUACUUCAUGGCCUCAGUCCACCUCUUGUGGCAGUUCUUAUGCACUUGGCUACGGCAUCCUGGGCGGAAUUCAGCGUUCGGCGAAAAGUUGCUUCGGUAUUUAGGGCCUGCGUUGCAGCAAGGAAAUGCACAAAUUGCAAACAUACUCAUCGAGGGAUCAGAACAAUUGCAAUUAAUGUAAUGUUUGGAGCUGUGGCCCUACUGCAACUUACAUACUUAGGAGCACUUUUUGACGGUACUCAGCAUACUUCUAUUGCAUCAGCAGGUGGUGCUGUUUGGGAUAAGUGGCGGCAUUUAGGAUUUGCUGGUCACUGGAUAUUAGGUGGAGCACUGGUAUUUCAUAUUGCUUCAUGAAUUCAUUUGAACGAACUUACUAACAAAAAAUCUUCCCAGAACAAUUUGUGAUUUUUACAAUGAGAUUUCAGGCAACUAAUUAAGAAUAAUAAUAAUUCUUGGCACAAGAUCCUGUAGGUAGAGGAACUUGAUCUUCUGCACAUUCAGUAUUAUUUUUCUUGUACAUGAUAGAGUGUCAAUGCCAAGCCCUAAGGAAUUAAGUGCAGUGGCAUUGACUAAAUAUAAUUUGAACAUUUUUAUUUAAAGAGAAUUCAAGCUCGGGACAUUGUGUUAUAAAACCAACGUCCUACUUCUUAAAACUUUCUGUGGCCUGGCAAUUUCUUGAUUAAAAUAUUUUAACACGUUAUGCAUCUUCUACCAAUGCGCGAUUAACCCUUUAAGGACGUGGAACACCGGUGUCCCAAAAACAAAAACAUAAUUUUGACUAAAGAAAGUUAUGUUGUCCUCUAAAUAGUCUGAAAAAUUAGUUUUUAUUUUUGGGACACCGGUAUCCCAUUCAUCCUUAAGCUCUAUGGAAGUAAACUAUAGUUAUCAUAUUGGCAUGUUAAAAUAAAUAAUCCUCAACCGAGAACAUUAACAUUAUUUAUUUAAAAAUAAUGUUAAGAAAGGUGUGUUCAAAGCAAUUAAAUAAAAUUAAAUUUACGAGGAAAUUUCAAAAGCAAUAAAAUCAAACAUUUGUAAUUCUGACAUUUAUUAUAGAAAAAUCACACAAUUGAGACAAUUGUAAACAUUCUUUAAAGAGCUUAGGAUAAUGGAAAAUUUACUGAAGAGAAAAAUCACUAAAUAAAGCUACUUUAUAAAAAUUUGGUGUAUAUAGGACAGAUCCUCACUAAAUCACACCAAAUGCGCCAAAUUGAUUGCCAAGCAUUGUGUGAAUGAUACCAUCUGAACAAACGAUAAGAGAAAAUCCCCAGGAAAUCACAUUUGAAACCACUGAAGAUGAAAUCAAGAUUUUAUCAUAAGUCUUUGGUGGUUUGUCACGUAACGAAGAACCAUGACUAAAAACUUCAUAAUGUAUUAAUAUUUAAAAUGAAAUAAAUUCAAAUAAUUUACUACUA